AAAAACAGAUGAUACACAUCCGGCAGUCAAACAGUAGACAGAAACGGGGGCAGAUGGGGUAGGGGCAAAGAGACCAGCAGCGUUUAGAAAGCUGUAAUUCUGUCAUCUGCUCAAAUAAUUCUCCUUCCAGUGUGUGCGACUCUGUGGCCCCCUUUGCCUUUUCCCCCCAGAAGAAAGACUCUAAAGGGAGACUGAAAGAGCAGAAGAAAUCAAAGCCAAGAUUCCUACAAAGCCAGUCCUUGACUGAAGCAGGAUGUCAUUUCUACCCCUGCUUGUUUUCAUUUGCUGUGAAUCCCUCUCUCCGACAUUCAAGGCUUGUUAUUUUAGUUAGCAAACGUGCAAAACUCCUAUCCUCCCCCAUGCACCCCCUUCAGGCCUCCUCCUCCGCUUGUGGAAUCUGGUUAAGUGGAGUCCCUCCUCUGGUCUGCUGCUCGUCUCUGAGGUGACACAGCACUGAAGAAGAAGAAACCCUCUAAUCCAGGCGUGACAGAGUGGGGGUUCACCUGUCCUCCCCUGCAUCCUCCAUCAGCUCUGCACCUGUCUGGACUCGUCCAGCAGGUGAAGGGGAUUCUCCAGCUUUGUGGUGUGUUCCCAGCUGACCGAAGCUCCCUGCGUGUUCAUUUGACUGGAUUACAGCUUUGUAUCCGUCUGUCUCUGCAAAUUAACUCCCCUCCCUCCAGUCCAACCCCCCCUUCCAAUGCUGUCUAGCCCAGUCUGAGCCUGGCUGACACUCUGGCUGCUGGUAGGUGUGCAGCUGAAGAGUUUUCCUGCUGGAGCAGCGUCACACAGAUAUUCUGGAGGAAAGGGUGAAAGAAGGAUCGUCUGUAGUGAGAGCUGGACAGCAGGAGUGUCAGUCUACAAGAAAAGAAAUUAGAAGUUCAGAGGACAGCAGGUAUGAGACCCCCCACAGUGACGGUGUGCCUCUCCCUGCUGGCACUUUGCUGUCUGAUGAUCCCCCGAGGAGGGGAGACCGCUGCGAGGAUCACUUUUCUGCAGCAGUCUGAAGGGGAGAAGCAGACGGAGGAGCAGAAGUCCCUGGAUGACCCAGACAGGGAGCAAGCACUUGCAGGGGACCCACACCCACUCGGGAGCAGCAUCAAAGCUGGAGCCGACUCAGAAGGAGCUGCACAGGCAGGCCUUCUGAGCAGGGUGAGGAGAGCGCCUGAUGAGAGCAAGAAGAAAAAGAAGAAGGAUAAGAAGAACAAAGACCCGAGCGCCACAAAAAAACCUAAAACAGACAAGAAAGGGAAGAAGAAGGUCAAGCAGACCACAACUCCACCGCCCUCAACAACGCUGCCGCCCACCACAACACUCCCCACUGAGCCCCCAGAGGUGGACUACUUUCCAGAGGCUGAUGAUUAUUGGAAAUCCGACUAUGACUUCUGGGGAACUGUGUCUACACCAUCAGCACCCCAGGCUGAAACUUUUCCCACAAUUCCUCCAUAUGACUAUUGGAACCCAGAAGUGGAAGACCCAGUUCCUCCCGUGACCGACGGCUACGAUGACUACUGGAAACCAGAAGAAACAGACCUGCCCUCGUCUUAUUCUGACACGAGGAAACAAGAUGAGAAAGAACCGUACCCUCCGGCCACAGAUAACUAUGACAGCUACUGGAGGGAAUCUGACCCGACUCCCAGCAGCCCUGAUGCAUCAGAAAAAACUGGAAAAGAUGACAGCGACUACUGGGAUGCCACAUAUGAAGUGCCAGACAAUGCACGUCUUCCUGAUGGUAAAGAAGUUAGCCCUGAUGUUGAGAUCGAGGACGUUUUUCCAGAAGAACCCACUCCAACUGCUCCUUUUGAGAAGACGUGGUAUGACGACUAUGAUGAAUACGGAGUGGCCAGGAAAGAAGAUGAAGUGGACGAAAAGUGGAUGGAGAAAGAACGAGAAAGAGCCAAGAAAGAAAGAGAAAGACAAGAGAGAGAAAGGGCGCAGAGGCUGAAGGAGGCGGAGGAACGAGCCAGGAACAGACCACGUAUCUACAAGGAGCCAAAGAAAUGUCCUCCUCUGGGGAUGGAGUCCCAUAAGAUUGAGUCCGACCAGCUUUCAGCAUCCUCCAUGUCUCAUUAUCGCUUUGCACCUCAGAGGGCGCGCCUCAAUAUGCAGGGGUCUGAUGAGGAGGACAGCAUGAGGGGUGGAGCGUGGUGCGCAAACUCUGAGGAUACCAUCCACUGGUUCGAGAUCGAUGCUCGCAAGGAGACGGAGUUCACAGGAGUCAUCACUCAAGGGCGAGACUCUCUCACUGAGAGUGACUUUGUGUUGUCCUACUUCCUGGCUUUCAGCAACGACAGCAGAGAAUGGACCACCAUCCACGAUGGGUAUGCUGACUGGCUGUUCUUUGCAAACAGUGAUAAGGACACUCCAGUGAUGAACCGGCUCGCUGUGCCCAUGGUCGCUCGCUACAUCAGAAUCAUCCCUCAGAGCUGGAACGGCUCCCUCUGCAUGAGGCUGGAGGUUCUGGGCUGCCCCCUCCCCGACCCAAGCGUGUUCUUCAGACCUUUUUCAUACAGACAAAAUGAAGUAACUCCAGUGGAUUACCUGCAGUUUCGGUACCACAACUACUCAGAGAUGAUUGCACUUAUGAAGUCGGUGAACGACGAAUGCCCCAACAUAACCAGUAUCUACAGCCUGGGACGCAGCGCCAAGGGGCGGGAACUCAUGGCCAUGGUCCUCUCUGGAAACCCCACAGAGCAUGAAAUAGGUGAGCCGGAGUUACGGCUUACGGCGGGCCUCCACGGGAAUGAGGCAGUGGGAAGGGAGAUGCUCCUGCUUCUCAUGCAGUACCUUUGCAAAGAAUACAAAGACAGAAACCCCAGAGCACAGCGCUUGGUGGAGGGAAUACGCAUCCAUCUGGUGCCAUCACUCAACCCCGACGGACAGGAAACGGCGUUUGAAGUGGGAUCAGAACUCAGCAGCUGGACGACCGGACACUUCACUGAAGACGGCCAUGACAUCUUCCAGAAUUUUCCCGACCUGAAUAACAUCUUGUGGGAGGCUGAAGAUAAGGGCAAGGUCCCCAAACUGACCCCCAAUCAUCACGUGCCCAUACCAGAAGACUACGAGACCAACACCACAAUUGCUGUGGAGACCAAAGCCAUAAUCUCCUGGAUGAAAAGCCAUCCAUUUGUGUUGGGUGCGAACUUCCAAGGUGGAGAGUCACUUGUGGCUUAUCCUUAUGACAACUUACGUCUCAACAAACCCGCUGAGAGCCAGAAACCCCACAGGCGCAACAAGAGACAAUAUGAGGAUGAAGAUUUUGAUGUGACUGAAUGGGGAAGAGGCCACUAUGAGGAACCAGAGGACUGGAGGAGUCAGGGGUACGCUCAGCCAGAGGAAGAGUGGCGCGGCCAAGGCUAUGAGCACGGUUACGAGCAAACCUACAACCAGGGUUAUAACCAGAGGGAGGAAGAGGAGGACGACAGAGGAAGGAGUGCUGGGUAUCAGGUCAGUGAGCCUGAAGAUGAACCCAAGGUGACACCAGAUGAGUCCUUCUUCAGGUGGCUGGCCAUCUCCUACGCCUCAACACACCUAACCAUGACUCACAACCACCACGGAUCCUGCCACGGAGACACACGCACAGGCGCUCUCGGCAUCAUCAACCGAGCCAAGUGGAAGCCAAUCUCAGGCAGUAUGAACGACUUCAGCUACUUGCACACAAACUGCUUGGAACUGUCGGUUUUCUUGGGCUGCGACAAGUUUCCUCAUCAAAGUGAGCUGGCAAACGAGUGGGAGAAAAACAGAGAGGCGAUGCUGACCUUCAUGGAACAGGUGAACCGAGGAAUUAAAGGCAUUGUGAAGGAUGAACAGGGGAAUCCUAUUGCAAAUGCCACCAUCUCUGUUGAAGGGAUCAACCAUGACGUUACCACAGCACCAACGGGGGACUACUGGAGGCUUCUCAACCCAGGAGAGUACCAGGUGACUGCUCGAGCUGAGGGCUUUUCCUCCAUGACUAAACUGUGCGUGGUGGGGUAUGAACCGGGGGCCGCGGCCUGCAGCUUCAACAUGGCAAAGUCCAACUGGGAUCGCAUCAAACAGAUUAUGGCCCUUCACGGCAACCGGCCGAUUCGACUCAGCUAUGGCAACGGCCGGAUACAGAGUUCUGCGGUUUCUACUCCCCGCAGACGCGUGGCUUCACACGAUGGUGAUGAGGGCAGCACACUCACAGCCCUGCAGCGAAGGAAGCAGAGGUUGCGUCGCCUUCGACUGCGGAAAUUGAUGAAGCUAAGAGCUAUGACCACGUUACCCCCCACAACCACCACCACCACACUGCCAACCACAGCAGAAACCACCACUUCCUGGUACGACUCGUGGCCACUUUGGGAAGGACAGUCCUCAACACCCGGCGGGUUCACAGACUCUCUCCUGGAUUAUAACUAUUACAAUUUUGACUAAAUGUACAAGAAACAACCAAAUGUUACUAAUUCUUCUCACUCAAAUUGUACUUACAGCUGUUGGAGAAGUCAAACAUUGCAAUGACAAAAAAAAGUUAACAUUUUGUUCGACUUCAUAUAAAAGAAUGUGAUAGAAAAAAGGGAACUUUAAUUUUUACAUUUUCUGUCGUACUUUUUGUUGUAAAUGAAAUUCGCUUAAUGGAAAGAGGUUUAUUUUUAACACUUGUAUAAAAAAAAAGAAAAAAAUGUAUUUACAUUAUCUUCUGAAAUGCAAUUGAUUCGGCCGCUGAAGAAAAAACAGUCAAGGAAGCUCCAGGUUCCUCUGGCACAGAUGGUGUGAGAAUAAACUUAUUACACAA